AAAUGCACGGAAUGUAGAAAGACCUUUGCUCAUAGAACUAGUCUUAUUUCCCAUAAAAGAAUCCACACAGGGAAGAGAGCCAUAUAAAUGCAUGGAGUGUGGAAAGAGUUUUGCUCAGAACUAUCGACUUACAAGACACAAAAAGCUCCACUCAGGGGAGAAGCCAUAUAAAUGCAUGGAAUGUGGAAAGACCUUUGCUGAAAGACGUUAUCUUAUUUCCCAUAAGAUGAUUCACACAGGAGAGAAGCCAUAUAAAUGCAUGGAGUGUGGAAAGACCUUUGCUGAAAGACGUUAUCUUAUUUCCCAUAAGAUGAUUCACACAGGAGAGAAGCCAUAUAAAUGCAUGGAGUGUGGAAAGACCUUUGCUGAAAGACGUAAUCUUAUUUCCCAUAAGAUGAUUCACACAGGAGAGAAGCCAUAUAAAUGCAUGGAGUGUGGAAAGACGUUUACUCGUGGCAGUGGACUUAUAAGCCACAAAAAGCUCCACUCAGGGGAGAAGCCAUAUAAAUGCAUGGAGUGUGGAAAGACCUUUGCUGAAAGACGUUAUCUUAUUUCCCAUAAAAUGAUUCACACAGGAGAGAAGCCGUAUACAUGCAUGGAGUGUGGAAAGACGUUUACUCAGAGCACUGGACUUAUAAAACACAAAAAGCUCCACUCAGGAGAGAAACCAUUUAAAUGCAUGGAAUGUGGAAAGACCUUUGCUCUAAGAGGUAAUUUUAUUUCCCAUAAGAUCAUCCACACAGGGGAGAAGCCGUAUAAAUGCACGGAGUGUGGAAAGACGUUUACUCAGAGCACUGGACUUACAAGACACAAAAAGAUCCACUCAGGAGAGAAGCCAUUUAAGUGCAUGGAAUGUGGUAAGUGCUUUGCUGAAAGACGUUAUCUUAUUUCCCAUAAGAUGAUCCACACAGGGGAGAAGCCGUAUAAAUGCAUGGAGUGUGGAAAGAGUUUUGCUCAGAACUAUCGACUUACAAGACACAAAAAGCUCCACUCAGGGGAGAAACCAUUUAAAUGCACGGAAUGUGGAAAGAUCUUUGCUCUAAGAGGUAAUCUUAUUUCCCAUAAGAGGAUUCACACAGGAGAAAAGCCAUAUAAAUGCAUGGAGUGUGGAAAGACGUUUACUCAUGGCAGUGGACUUAUAAGCCACAAAAAGAUCCACUCAGGAGAGAAGCCAUUUAAGUGCAUGGAAUGUGGUAAGAGCUUUGCUGAAAGACGUUAUCUUAUUUCCCAUAAGAUGAUCCACACAGGAGAGAAGCCAUAUAAAUGCAUGGAGUGUGGAAAGAGUUUUGCUCAGAACUAUCGACUUACAAGACACAAAAAGCUGCACUCAGGAGAGAAACCAUUUAAAUGCACGGAAUGUGGAAAGACCUUUGCUCUAAGAGGUAAUCUUAUUUCCCAUAAGAGGAUCCACACAGGGGAGAAGCCGUAUAAGUGCUUGGAGUGUGGAAAGAUGUUUACUCAUGGCAGUGGAUUUAUAAGCCACAAAAAGAGCCACACAGGAGAGAAGCCAUUUAAAUGCAUGGAAUGUGGAAAGUGCUUUGCUCAGAAUGGUCCUCUUAUUUCUCAUAGAAGGAUCCUCGCUCAGGAGAAAUUAUAUAGCAAUAGCGAUUCCACUUAGAUUUAUAUACUACUCCACAAUGUUUUACCACUUUAUCUCUGAGCAGUUUACAAAGUCAGCGUAUUGUCCCCAGCAAUCUGGGUCCUCAUUUUAGCGACCUUAGAAGUAUGAAAGGCUGAAUCAACUAUUAAAAGUAAUCUAUAUGAGUUCAAGAUGUUUUCAAUACAAUGCCAAAUUUGAAACUGUUCAAUUUCCACUUAUUUAAAAUGCUCCAUCCAUUUUCUUGCUGAAAUAUUUUUUCUUAUGCACAAUUUGCAUUUCAUGCUCACUCACAAUUUUCACUUUGUAAAGCCGCUGCCUUUUUUUUAGCUAUUCCACAAAGAUUUUUAAUGUUCCCGGAUGCAAAUGGGUUUAUUAUGAAAAAAACAAGAACAACCCACACCUGAAAUGUUGUUCUUUCAGUGGCAACCAUAUUAGAGCUCUGCUUCAAAUUACAAAUAACAAAUUGAAUGUUCUUCAGCAUUAUAGAAUUAACAAUUAUUGGACUUCUGGUUUGGUGUUGCGGUGAUGCAGUCUGGGAAAUAGCAGUCUCUGAUGAGCCCCACGAAAACCCCAACUGGCAAACCACCGCCGACAGGUCUGCGGACCGAUCCUGUCUUGUAGGGACAGGUGAAAGAGAGGGAUCCCUUGGGCGGCCAAGAGGAACAGGCAAGUUGCUCGGAGGCCAGAGGAAACCCUCUGAGUUGGCGGCAGGGGACGGCAGCAACGGCGGCUGCCACAAAGGCGGGACAAACCGGGACAAGAAAUGAGCAGGAGGAAGGAAGAAAGGACGAUGUGCUUUGAAGCUGGGUGAAUGACACCAACCCAGGCGAGAAACAACGAUUGUGUAUUUACGUUUACAAAUAGGACCCCCAGCCUUAACUAGUGGCUGAAGAUCUGUGGGGCUUGAAGAUUUUGUAAAGUAAUGAAAGGAGUUAAAGACCCUUUGAGAAAUCUAUUUCAGCACUGAUUGAUUGGAAUGAACUGACUAAUUAACUAUUAACUAAUUAGAACUGGAUAUUUGAAUUUCUUUUGUUAAAUUGAAACAGAUCUGAUCUGUUUCUGAUUUGGAAAAGAGAAAAGCGAUAAUUAAGGACUUGGCACCUUUAAAAGGCAGACAAAGAGAUCAAACAGAUAGCAACAUAAUUGCUUCAAAAUGGCGAUUGAACCUGUGACCAAGUGUAGAAAUUUGCUCCCUCCUGAAAAAGAACCAUUUUGAUUAGCUAUUUAUUUUGGAUUACUUUGAAAAUAACUAUGGACCUUUGAAUUUUGGAGAUUUCUAUUCUGUCUACUGAUGGUUUUACAAAGAAAGAAGAAAUACAAAGGAACUAAUACACUUUUAUUUGUUUAUUGGCGUAGCAACAAAAGGUCUGGCGCAGGAAUAAAAGCGGGGAAGCUGAUGGACUUUACAGGGAACAGACUUUACAACAGAAUUAAAAAUGAUAUACAGAGUUUUAAGCAUGGAAGUAUUGACUAUGAAUUGAAAUACUUAUGGAGAGAUAAGGAACUGAAGAAAUAAAAUAGAUAAAAUUAAAAGGCAAUGUUUAAAUGUCUAGUUGUUUAAAUGGUUAAAUGAGUUUUAAAUAAAAACAAGAGGUGCCUAUGGUGUAAUAAAGAUAGAAAAUAAAAGAAGAUAACUAAAAUAGAAGUUGGAAGUUAAGGUGAUUAAAAGUGAUAUUUUUAUAAAAGCAUAAUUUGAUGUAACAUGUUUUAGUUUUAAUUUGUCAACAAAGUGGUGAAGGAUAACUAUGAUUAACUGUUAAUGAUUACAGAUGAUACAAUAAGGUGCAAAAAUUGAAGUAACAAUUGAGAUUUAAUUUAACAUAUGUUGGAAAUGACUAGUACCAGAUGGGGAAACACCCUGGAAGAGUAUAUUUGGAAAUAGUGGAUUAAUAGAUAAACAUAUUGAAAAGGAAAUACUUAAAAUAAGAUAUGCUGGUUAUCAGCUAAAUAAAAGAUGUGGAGGAGAAUAAGCUGGAAAUCAGCUAAAAUAAAUGAUGCUGGUAAAUCAGCUUAAUAAUUGUUGGGAGAAAGGAGGUGUAUAUGCUGGAUAUCAGCCAAAAUAAAGCAUGCUGGAAAUCAGCCAAAACACUGGAAAACGCUGGAAAUCAGCCAAAUAAUAGUUGGAGUUAUGGAGGAGAAUAUGCUGAAAACUCAGCCAAAAUAAGUAAUGCUGGAAAUCAGCCAAAUAAUAGUUGCAGUUAUGGAGGAGAAUGCUGAAAAUCAGCCAAAAUAAAUUAUGCUGGAAAUCAGCAAAACAACAGUUGGAGGUAUAGAGGAGAAUACAUUGGAGAACAAUUAUUAAUAAGGGGUGAAAAAGAAAAUGUUGGAUGACAACUAAAAUGAAAUGAAAAAUUUUGAGAUGUCUGUGUAAAAGUUCAAAAUUCAAAGAUUGGAUGAAAUGGGUCUAUAAUAAUAAUAAUAAUAAUAAUAAUAAUAAUAAUAAUAAUAAUAAUAAUAAUAAUAAUAAUAAUAUAAUUUUAUUUCUAUAUCGCCCUUCUCCCGAAGGACUCAGGGCACUGUACAACCCCACGGCCCCACUUCACACAAAGGGACUCACAUCCGGCUAUCUGAGGAACAGUGGUCUCCCUCGGACAAAGACUUUCCCUAAUAAUCACCGCCACUCCCCCACCCCUCCCCUCGGCCCUUGGCUGAUGAAAUGCACGGAAACCUGGUGGGCACAUCUCAACGAGGGGGACCCCCCCUCUUGGCCCAACCAGGUCUCCGUAAUACCUGCCAGGUCCGCACCCCCCUCUAAAAUAAGAUCACAGAUGAGGGGGGCUUUAUUAACCACUGACCUGGCAUUACACAACAUCAGCCGCGGACCCUGGGCCUGAGACUCUGCACAGCCCAGAACACGAGUCACGCAUUGGGGGCCGGAGUGCGCAAUCGCUCGGAGACAGCACGUGCGCACCCCCGACACUUGAUAUGACCCCCUGCGCCCGUCAUAUCUGCCCCUCCCACUCAUUAUUUCAAUUACACAGCCCUUCCUGUCGUCCCCCUGCUCCCCGGUUAAAUUUCCUUUCGCGACCCCUCUGCUGCAGCUAAUCGACCCAUCAUCCCGCUCAGUCGCUAUCUGGACCCCCCCAGGUCCACUUUUACAACCCCCUCCCUCCCUCCCGGGUCCCCUUAAAAUUUUCCUUAAAAAUUUAGUUAAAAAACCCCUCAACCCCCUCGUCGCUGCAUGCCAUCUCUCGGGGUCCCAAAGCCUGUCAUCAAGAUAGGCCCUCGAUAAUGUGGAGGGCCCGGCCUGCGAGAGAGGGGAGUCUCGCAGCGCGAGAAGGUCGGCUUUUUGGAGCAUCAACCGAACCAAAGAUGGGAAAAGGAAGGCCAGUCCGGGAGUCUAUCACAGUCCAAAGGGAUAACUGAGCAUAAAAGGUCACAAAAUAUCCAUUUAUAGGGCUGGACUCCACUGUCCUCUCACGACAGGGAGAAGGUCCAAUGUUCUUUUUCUCCAACGGAGGCUAAUAGCCAACCAUCCUCUCACGACGUCCGGUCCCGUUACAGAAAGUUAUCGGGAACAAUGUUCUGUCCUCUCCGUUGGGAUAUAGAGAAUCCCUCAGCUCUCUCAAAUGGUGCUCAGUCUCUCCUACCAGCGAGGGCGUGAGUGGAACAUGGUAAGGGGUCUAAAGUGUCCAGAGUGUAGUAAUUCGUAAACCCCUCCCCCCGUAAGGAGUGGGGGAAGGCGGGGAGAGGGAGGGGGGAAACAGUAUCCCCAGAGGAGGGUAACAUCUCCACCUCUGCCGAUCUAUAAGUCCAGGCCUCCUCACCUCAGCUUCUUCUCUUCACCCUCAGCAAACUACCAUUGCAGUAUUCUGCGGCAGACGCCAGCACUGGCACCAGUGCCACACACCCCCACCCCAGCACCAUAAACAGAUGCAUCUGUGUGUGGGGGGGGCAACCAAUGCUGCUAACUAGCCACUAACUAGAAACCAAGAAGAAUAGAAAGAAUUUUGAUUAAUAAAUUGAAAUAAAAAUUGAGUUGUAUACAUUUGGAAAUUAAGAUUUGUGGUGAUAAAAUUGUAAGGUAAAUAUAUAGAUUAAGAGAUUAGAUCAUUUUUGUGUUUUAAUGUGGAUGUUAAAAGCAGUAAUGGAGAAAAAUUUAGAAAGAGCUGUAUUGAAUUUUGAUUUAUAAUUGAAUAUAAAAAUGAGCAAUAUUUAGUAGCAAAUUAAGAUUUAUGGCAAUAUAAUAGAAAGACUUAAAUUAGGAUGUCAGAAUUUAUGUUAAAAAUAUUUGUUUUUAUUUGUAAAAUCAGUCUACUUAUCUGUGACCAGACCAAGACUUCGUUCUUGAAAGAUUUAUGUCUUAUGUUUGAGAAAAAAAAAAUCCCCCCCAAAAAAAGAAUUAACAAUUUUUUUCAACUUUUAAAAGCAUUUUUUCUACAACCUUAAGAGGUUGCAGAAAAAAAUACUUUUAGAAGCCUCUGACGAUCAGGCAACUCAGCUGGGAUUGCCAGAGGCUUUUAAAGGCAUUUUUUUUCCUACAGCCUCUGAUGAGGUGGGCGGGGUAAGCGAGCAGCGACCGGGCCAGGAACCGGUUUGGGGGCAUGGCCAGCCAAUGUUAUUACCGGUUCUCCGAACUACUACAAAUUUUUACUACCGGUUCUUGCGAACCGGUGAGAACCAAGAGCAACCCACCACUGGGGCUCAACCAGACCCUCCCAUUAAUCUAAGUAUUGUGCCAGUUAGAGGAUUUAGUGAAGGAGGAGAUCAAGAGGGAUCCAGUCCAAGGCUGUGUGGUGAUCCUGGGAUCUGCCUGAUCUCAACCUCCAUCUGCCCCCACCUUCCCUUUCUCCAAGAUCCCCCCCAAUCCCUUCCACACUCCCUGCCACCAGUGGUGGGUUGACCCCGGUUUGCACCGGUUCUAUAGAACUGGUAGUAAAACUGGUGGGAGGCUCCACCCACUGACCCCAAUGUCACCAAAAUGCUUUUGCGCCUGUGCAAAAGAGAGCGCGAGCGAAGCGAGCACGUGCGGCUCCGUUGCAAACCGGUAGUAAAGGUAAGAAGAACCCACCCCUGCCUACCACCCCCAUCCCGGCCAAGCUGCGAUCUGGGACUCGGACCCCUCCCACCUGGAAGGAGGCUGGUCAGCUGCAGGCAGAGCCUGGUCUGGGGGGUCUCCCUCUGCAUUCCCCCAAAUCCCCCCCUCAGCAAGGAUCUUGGCAUGGCUCUGCAUGGUCAGUCAGUCCCAUGUGGCAUCUGAAGUCACCAACUUGGUGUUCCGUUCUGGGUCCUCCUGUGCUUCUCAUAUGCCUCCUCUUCCUUCCUUCCCUCCAGCCAAGCCCACCAUCACUAUCUCCUCCAACUGGUCCAGAAUGCGGCCGUGUUGGGAUAUGGUUUGAGCCUAAGAGGCUGUCCAGGCAAUAUAUGUGUUCUGUGACUUUAAGUUUUAAUGCUGCAUCAUUGUAAUGCUGAGUCAUGCUGUAAUUAGUUGUAAACGUAUUUAAGAAAGGUACUGUAAUGUAUUCAGUUGAUGAUAUGUUAGCAUUGUGCUAUCAUCGUUGGGUGGAUCUGCUACCAUUGUGGUUUGUGAACCAGAGUGUACAUGUUAUUGUAACCAACUACUGUUUGUGUGGUAAGAAGCUUUUUGUAUUGCUGGACUGAUUUAACUGGCAAAGACUUGGAUUGAUUAAAUGACUACGAGACUGUUUUUCACUAUAAAGUAAACUUUUAAUAAACCAGUUUGCACGUA